AAAAGCGACAGAGGGGAGAGAGAAAAAAAGAGAACUCAGCGAGCCUCGUCAGCCGCUCACACUGAUCGGCAAGCAGUAGAUGUAGAGAAAAUAUUGAAAGGCUGCGAGAGAGGAUAAAGAAAGAAAAACGACAAAAAGGUGGCUCUUUUGAUUAUUCUGCCAAGCGCGUAGGCACACGCCGUCACACAAAGGGGGGAUUUGAAGGAGGGGUGGCUAAGCGGUGGAACUCACUCGUUCUUGAUCAGAAGGCGAAGCUCACAGCCAGCAGAAGCACACAGCGAAUAAUUUCCGCUUGGAGAGCCGACUUGAGUUUUUAUUCAGAAGACUGAGCAAACCACACCACGAUCUUUAGGGUCUUUGUGGAUUGGAGAGGUCUUUGUGGGUUGUAUGUUACAUGUCACGAGAGCGCAAGCAGGUUGUAUGGAUAUACAUCCAUCUGGUCAUCUCAGGAAUUUGUGGAUUAUUUCAUAGCUACGACGACGAGAUAUAUAGAAGACCAUCUUCAGGAAAUCACUUCAUUUUCCGAACUUAAUGUUUUGAUUGACCAAUAAAUUAUAUCUAGAUGAAGGGAGCAACGUUUUAAAGAAGCCUGACAGAUGAGUCUUACGAUUUAACUUGAAAUACUUUUCAUCUGAUAUUCGACUGCACUCUGGAUUGUUCAGGUUUCUUGAAGUUUUGUUCGUCACUUGGAGAAUUAACCGAUCAUCAAUUAUCGUUCAUUGAUCGUUUUUACUAAAAGUGGUUAACAGUAAAUUUGUGGAUUGUCAGAUUACCAUGGCAACCUACGAAAGACAUCUGAGUAGCAGGAGACUCAGGAAUGCUUUCAGUUCUACCAGUAACCAUGGCAACCUAACUAAGGAGAUACAAACCAAAUGUGAAUCAAGACGAACGUCAGGACGAAACAACAGAAAGGCAAAGUCUUUGAGAGCGCAUCAUCACCAUCAGACAGCCACGCCCAUUGGAGCUGAUACCAGUCAGCCUGGUAAGAUGGAACGGAUCGACCGAAGUCUCAAGGAACUUGCCCAACUUCUUGGCUUACAGGUGAGUCUAAAAAAAUAUUAUACCAAGAACACUCCAGACCUUCCAGCACACAGUGGGACGCCUAUGCUAUUUACAUAGCGAUUUCCAAUCACAGAAAAGGAUGUAUGUGCUUGUGCCGUGGUUGUGAAUGUGAUUUUUUCCACUUAUGAAGCCGGAACGUCGAUCUUAUUUUGACGAUUUAUUUCAUCAAGAUAUUAAUGGCAACAAUACUUGCUAUUCAAACUUGCUCAAUAAGUUUGUCAUUAUUAUUCUUUUGCUUAUGACAUAUUCUUAGAAAUACCCCCCCCCCCCCGCGCCCUGACAAGCCACUGUGUAAUAAUUCUCUGCUCUUCUAUUCAGUUAAGUUAUUUGUUCAUUUCUAUGCUUGCUAGUUGCUAUUCAAUCUUUGAACACAAUCCAGCGGCUGGGGAGAGCGAUAAGUUAUGGCAUACAAAUUCAAGUCAUUUUUCACGGUGCCCCGAAGAAUUCAUAAUGGAUGGGAGUUUUGUCUGCCUGGCACGCACCGGGGACGGCUAUAUGACCAUAUAAGGAUCGCAACCUGUUAAAAGCGCGCGUUUGGCUCGUGGGUUACCCCCCUGUAUGCACCCAAUAAUACACAUGUAUACCCAGAACGCUGUAAAAUGCGCGGGUCAAAUUUAUGGUGUUUUUCAUACCCGCAAAAUGCAUGAAAUCCCCGCCUGAUCGGUAGAGAUAAGGAGGUUCUGGGAUUGAGGUGAAGGAAGAAAAUAAACGAGAUGAGAUGUGACAUGUCAUGCAAAGCAUGGACCAAAGCGAUCGUGCUUCAUGGUUGUUAUGUAGUCUGCCGUGCAAACCCUUCAGUUUCACUCGAGUUAAGGGUCUGAAUGUGCAGCCUAGAGUACUGAAGGCCCUCUCGUCUGCAUUGAUAAAGCCAGUUUUAUAUGUGCUAGUCUUUGCGUGGAGACCCACUUGUUGAUCAAAUUUUCAAUCAGGGCUUGUGCCUGUAGACUAGCUGUUAUGCUACCCUCGAAUAGCCCGAACGGUGAAAACCUUUCUAGAAAGAGUAAUAUGGGCAUUCAUUUUAAUAUUCCGUUCUCGUAGAGUCUUGGUAGCCAAGAAUGAUCGGGGUUUUUUUGUGUGUGUGUGUUUUUUGUAGAGGCAGGUACAUUAUCAACAAUAAUAUUCUUGAGCAACCACCAUUUAGUGACAAAUCAAAAGAAGCAUGUCUGAUCAAACACUAUGUCUUCUACAAUGUUCUAUAUUGUAAUGUGUGAGUGCAGGGAAAUUGAUAAUUCGUCACCAGUCCUCAGGGCUGCUGAGGAGUUAUAAACGGACGUUGAUCACUUUGCAAUAGUAGCGAUUUCUAUAGCACCCUAAUGAUGUACAUCUAAGUUGUGAUUGAUAAAAUGCCUUGAGCGCGACGCGGGAGAUAGGUAUAUUCAAACUGAAAUCAGUUAUCUCUUCUUGAAAAAAAAAGAGGCCUAGGAUAACUCAGAAUAUUGUAGAAAGCGUCUGCGCACUCAGUCCCUUACCCGGGACCUGUUUCAUAAAGACUUGCAGCUAUGGUACCGGUACCAUGGUAACUGGGCUGAUCAGCCAAUCACAGUCAAGGUUUCCAUUGUGGUUAGCAUAAGUCUUUUUGAAACUGGUCCAUGAUGAUUGCAGGGCUGUGCUAUGUAACAAACUCUGGUCAAUUAUCUGAUAUUCACCUCUACUUGUAGAUGAUGGAUAAAAAGAGAAAAAUCCGUUAAGAUAUGCCGACUGAACAGUCUAAACGCAGCUCUAAAAUUAAACGAAACCUAACUUUCAACCAAUCGUGAAUCGGUAUAGCGCGCAUUUGGAACAUAACUGAAAUGGCACUGUAACGGGUCGAAAAUGUACCCAUUAUUGACUCCAAGACAUUCGUCAUAUUUGUGUAGAAAUCAUGCUUUUGACCAAGUUAAAUCCUUAUAAGUUUCAACAGCUGAUCAUAUCAUCGUGCACCCUUCCUUGAAAAAUCAUCAUUCUUCCCCUACCCCCUUUUCCACCCCCCCCUGUUUCCCUUAUACAAGCAUUGUUUUAUCCAAUACUAAAGUUGGAUUUAAUCUAAUCAAUUAAACACCACAUAAUUAAUACCCUUAGACCUAUUCCACCAGUAAGUAAUAACCAGCUAAAGAUCAAUAGCUCACGUAUCAAAGCUCAGCUUGUGGACAUCGCCCUGAUAAAACUCGAUAAAAAAACCUGUCGUAAUCAACGUCACAUGAAGCAAUGUGGUGGAUGUGUCUUUCUGUCCUGUCAGAAAAGUAAACGUAACGUAUAUAUCUCAACUCAGUAGUAUCAAUAGUGGCAAAGGAUGUUUGCAUGCUGAUAAAAGAGGAAGAAAUAAAACUUUAAGAGCUCGCGAUGUCACUUCUCUUAACCAAUGAGCAUGACUCCUUGCUUAAAGUUUAACCCUUGACAUGCUGUUAUGCAAUCUCACAAAGAAUAGUUUUGUUGUUGUUGUUGGUGUAUAUGAAUUGAAUUUGAAUUUAUUAAUAAACUUUAUUCACUUGACAUGGACAUUUGGUGUAUGUAAACCAGCUUACAGGAAAUCUGUCUGAUGGCCGUCAAGUUGAUGGAUUUAAUUUGAUUGAUGACGGUGUCUCCCCCACCAGAGACAAAUUGAAAUUACAAGUAUCAUACUAUAUUACUAUUAUCACUUUCAAUAACGCAACCAUCUUUACCAUUGUCAUCGCUGACGCCAUCAUCAAUGCCAGUUUACUAUCUUUGUCACAACCAUAAUACUACAACCAGUGCCAUCAACACCAGGAUCAGUACUCAGGAACUCCUCGCAAUACCUAAACCAUGGAGACAGGCCCCAUCCCCAAACCAUCUCCACUACCACCACAACAGAAGGAGUGAGAAUCGCCACCAUCAGGUCAAAAUCAAACCUAUAUCAGUCAACACCAAAGACGCAUUAUCCAGUUCUCCACUCACAUUAUAACAUCAUCAUCAUCAUCUAAUAACGAAAUUGGCAGUAAACGUCGCUAUUUCUAUCAUCACCACCACCACUACCACCCGUCCACCACCACCUCCACUACCACCCGUCCACCACCACCUCUACCAUUCCACCAUCAUUGUUAUCAUCGUCACCUUCACCGUCAUCGUCAAUAUUACCAUCUUAACCACCAUCAUCAUCAUCAUCACAACCCCCACUACCAUCACGUGAUC